ACUUUUGGGGGGCCACACGAGAGAGAAUCCCAAAAGCUUCAAGCCCACGAGUUUUCCACUGCGAUAACAAACCUCAUAAUUACCCUCCUCUUUUUGCUAAUCCACUCACUCUGUAUUUGCCAAAUCUCAGUCACUUGUCACCCAUGCACCAAUCUCUCUCUCCUCUUCAGCAUAAUCCCAAAAUGCUUCUUCUGAUAGACCCUUAACACACACACACACACACACUCUCUCUCUCUAGCAGAAAAUGAGUUCUCAGAAAGCAGCAGUUCUUGUUGCUCCACUUCUAUCACUGUUCUUGUUCGUCAGUUGUGUGACAUCUGUUGUUAGUUCAACUAAAAGAGACGUCGCCGUUUUACUCCGAGUCAAGAACAACCAACUCGACGAACCAAAUAAUCGACUCGGCGACUGGGUCGAGACGAGCCCAAACGCGCCGUGCAACUGGACAGGCAUCACCUGCGACCCCCAAAACGGCGCCGUCGUCUCCAUCGACCUCUCCGAUCUCGAACUCGCCGGCCCAUUCCCGGCCAACUUCUGCCGUAUCCCGACCCUCCAAAACCUCUCUCUCUCCAACAACAACCUCAACGGCUCUCUCUCCUCCACGUCCCUUUCUCUCUGCUCUCACCUAAUCUCAUUAGACCUCUCCUCCAACCUCUUCGUCGGAAAACUACCGGAAUUAUCGCCGGGCUUUACCAACUUAACAACGCUCGAUCUCAGCUUCAACAACUUCACCGGCGUAAUCCCGGCGAGUUUCGGUCGGUUUCCGGCGCUCAAAAUCCUCCGUCUGAUUUCGAACUUCCUCAACGGCCCAAUCCCUGAGUUCUUGACAAAUCUCACCGAGUUAACUCAUCUCGAACUCGGUUACAAUCCGUUCGCGAGCCCGCUGCCUUCGUCGAUCGGAAACCUUACAAAGCUUGAGAAUCUUUAUCUUGAGUUGUCGAACCUUAUUGGAAAGAUUCCCGAGGCCAUCGGAAAUCUCGUUUCUCUCACCAAUUUAGAUUUAUCAGAUAACAAUCUCUCCGGUGAAAUCCCUAGCGCAAUUGGUGGAUUGAAAAGCGUGACACAAAUAGAGCUGUACAGGAACCAAUUAUCAGGUGAACUGCCAAGAACUCUAUCGAACUUGACUUCGCUUGUCAAACUCGACGUGUCUCAGAACAACCUCACCGGAAAUCUACCCGCGAGUAUCGCCGGAAUGCCUAUACAAGAACUCGGUCUCAACGACAAUGGUUUCCGCGGCGAAAUCCCCGAAAGCCUAGCCACAAACCCCAACCUCUCAGUCCUGAAGCUAUUCAACAACAGGUUUUCCGGUGAAUUACCCGUUGAUUUAGGGCGUAAUUCUGACCUCACUAGUGUCGACUUCAGUUAUAACGAAUUCGUCGGUCCGUUGCCUCCGCUCCUCUGUCACAGGAAAAAACUUGGACACCUUUGCACUUUUGGUAACAAACUCACAGGUCCUAUUCCGACGUUGUAUGGUGAUUGUACCAGUCUUAAUUACAUACGUAUGUUUGGUAACAAUCUCUCUGGACUGGUUCCUGUUGGGUUCUGGAGUUUUUCUGGACUCACAACUCUGCAGCUGGAAAACAACAAUUUCGAUGGCUCAAUUCCUCCUUCCAUUUCAAAAGCUCGAAACUUGACGGAUAUACGAAUCGCCAGUAACAACUUAACCGGCGGAGUUCCGAAGGAAAUUUGUCUAUUGAAAGAACUUGUAUAUCUUGAUGCAAGCAGAAAUCGAUUAUCUAAUGAGUUGCCGUUGUGCAUAACUGAGUUGAACAAGUUACAGACUCUGAACCUCGAGGAAAACAUGUUAACUGGUGAGAUUCCAAAGAGUGUUGGUUCAUGGAAAGAUCUAACGGAGUUAAGUUUGUCUCGUAACGAUUUUACGGGCGAAAUACCGAGUGAACUUGGGAAUCUACCGGUGUUGACGUACUUAGACCUCGAUGGGAACUCGCUUUCGGGUGAGAUACCGGUGGAAUUGACGAAGCUGAAGCUUAACAAGUUCAAUCUGUCCAAUAACAAACUGAAAGGUGAACUACCUAGUGGUUUCAAUAGUGAGUUUUUUCUCCCUAGUCUAAUGGGUAACCCGGGUCUAUGUAGUCCGGACCUUAACCCGCUCCCAAAAUGCCCAAAACCCAAACAGGUUAGCUUGUACGUCAUAGGAGUUCUAGUGGCCGUCACUUUGGUGAUGAUUGGGACUCUUAUCUGGCUCCUUAAACGGAAAACUAUUUGUAUACUUUUUAGUAAGAAACAGGGUACAUUGAAGAUUACCUCAUUCCAGAGAGUUGAAUUCAACGAAGAGGACUUGUUGGACUCAUUAACUGAGGAAAACUUAAUAGGGUCAGGAGGGUCGGGCCAGGUUUACAAGGUGAAGAUCAAGAGUGGAGAGACUGUGGCGGUUAAGAGGCUGUGGGGAGGCAACAAGGGAGGGGAUACAGAGGCGCUGUUCCAAUCAGAGGUGGAGACGCUCGGAAGAAUCCGGCAUGCAAAUGUUGUGAAACUGUUGGUGAGUUGUGUUGGAGAGGAUUUCAGGAUUUUGGUGUACGAGUACGUGGAGAAUGGGAGUUUGGGAGACUUGUUGCAUGGAGACAAGGGUGGGGUUUUACUGAAUUGGGCUGAGAGGUUUUCGAUAGCGGUUGGGGUAGCCAGUGGGCUGGCCUACUUGCACCACGACUGCGUCCCACCUAUUAUUCACCGGGAUGUUAAGUCCAACAACAUUUUGUUGGACGAAGAGUUUGGGCCGCGAGUGGCUGAUUUUGGGCUGGCCAAGACAUUGCAGCACAAUGUGAGGGAAGGCGAUGGAGCCAUGUCGCGUGUUGCUGGUUCAUGUGGCUACAUUGCUCCUGAGUAUGCCUACACACUAAGAGUGAAUGAGAAAAGUGAUGUUUACAGCUUUGGCGUGGUUUUGUUGGAGCUCAUAACUGGUAAGAGACCUAACGACGACUCCUUUGGUGAAAAUAAGGACAUUGUCAAAUGGGUAACUGAGGUUGCCAAAUCAUCUCCACAAGAACGAAGUGGCGUGGCCACCAAUCCUUGCAUAGAUUGGAGACAGCUUAUAGAUCAGAGGUUGAACCCAUCAACAAGUGAUUACAAAGAAAUCAAGAAAGUUUUGAACGUCGCUCUCCUUUGCACAUCGGCCUUGCCCAUUAGCAGGCCCUCCAUGAGAAGGGUCGUUGAGUUGCUGAAAAAAUAGAAAUUGGCGGCUCACCAAGAGUUUUGUGCUGAUAUUGUUGGUUAGUUGUUUAAACUCUUUGCCUCUUUUCUGGGUUGUGUCCAGUUUUUGUGUGAUAGAGUUGUGCUAAAUGUGGCAAGUAGAAACUUAGGCCAAGAACUGUUUUUUGGCUAUAGGCUUAUAUUUUAUGAAGCAAAGGUUGAAUUGAUUACCUUUCCAGUAAUACAGUGACUAUGAUUUAUUGAAGUUUCAAGGAGAACUA